AUGGCAUUUAAUAAAGCAAAACAAUUAGCAACAUUUUCUCGUGUUUGGUAUUUAUUUGAUGCUAAAUGGCAAUGUCCACAUUUAUCUGGUGAAAAAAUUGCUCGUAUUUUACGUGGUGAACAUAAACCAAUUUAUUAUCCUGGAGAAUCAACAGGUGAUUGUGUUGUGGCUAUAAACACUCGACAUAUAGCAUUACGUAAUGAUGCAUGGCGUGCUGAUGCAUUACAUGUAAGACGUGAAUAUGCUAAGACAAGAUAUGAUAUACCAUUAUUUAAAUUACAUGAAAUUGAUCCAACUAAAGUUCUUCAUUUAUGUGUAUUAAGUUGUAUACCAACUGAUAAUACUCGACGUUUUGAUAUGGCUCGAUUAUAUACAUUUCCUGAUGAUGCUGUUCCUGUUCAUCUAUUAAAAAAUGUAUGUGAUCAAAUUCGUGGUUCACGUAUUAUACCAAAACGACUUGAUGAUUUAACAUCGAAUGAUAUAGAAAAAUUUCCUCAAAUGUUUAAAUGGCCAAAAGAAUUAGUUCUUGAUGAUCUUGAUCGAGAUAAAUUUGUUCGUGUUGUACCACCUGAAGAAAUACCACAACGAAAAGUUAUGCUUGGACAACGAGCUGGAAGACAGAACUAUUGGUUUCAUGUAGCGACUAGUCGACAUGAAGAAGUUAAAAUUCAUUGA